AUGUCCACAGUAAAGGAGGAGUUGCGUGCUAAAGAGCGUCUUGAAGGUAAAAAGAAGAAAGUUCGCGGCGCUUACAAGAAGAAAGUAGCAUUGAGCGCUGCCACCGCUGGUGAGGCUAUCGGAAAAAUGCUGCAAGAGAAGAAGAUCAGCUCCAAGAUUAACUAUGAUAUACUGCGGUCACUGGAUGCUCAUACUCAAGACGGUGACACGAAGCAACCAGAUACACAAGCACAAUCGACGCUUCCAUCUCCGGCGAGAGAGACUGUAAGCGAAUCUCCCACGCCCCGUAAACGCAAGAGGAAGGAACCUGUGCUCCGCACGUUGCCACCACCACCGCCCACUAAUACCACCACCACACCGAUAGCUCCAGCCACGCCACGACCUGCCACGCCACAACCUGUUACGCCACAGCCCGCUACGCCAUCAAUAGCAGAUGCGAGUGAAGAUUACGAAGAUGAAUUAGAGCCGCAAGUUCCGGAGAGGGAGACACUCUCACUCGCCGCCAUGUUACAAAACGGACAGGACGACGACUAUUACGACUACGAUGAGUAUUAGUGGAUCGAACACAAAGCCCAUACUAGCCGUUCGUUUCGAUUUGUACCCUCCUUCUUCCUCCCCUCUCGUUUCACGGCAACGUACGUUCAGCCAGGCUCGGAUUUACAUUUGCCUAUGACGUGAUUUAGUAAAGGUAGUCGGUUAAGUCGAAGUGAACGACUAGUAUAUUAGUAGAAGAUGAUAUC